AUGGCGGUAGAUCGGAGAAGCUGGGAAAACAAUGCCAGCGGGAAGAGGCUACAGCUGACCAGGGCUGCAGAGGAUCAAAGGAGCACAGCGGGCAAUCGGAAAAACCUGCUAGGCAGACAGAAUGCUAAGGGCAUCCAAUCAGAUGCAUUUGACUGUCUGGAUCUCCACACCUCCCCCGGUUACUUAAGAAUCAAGGGUCUCAAUGAAGGCAGUGUCAACAUGUCUGUGCUAUGGAUUGCAUUGUUUCUUCUUCAUCAAGGCUAUUCUUUGGUACCAGUGGUCACGGUUCAACUUGGUGAAUCUGUGACUUUGCCUUGUGCUUUCACUGAGAAGUUUCAGAGCACCACAUGGCUUCACUGGUACAAACAGAGUGCAGGAGAUAAUUUGAAAUUAAUUGUAAUGCAACAGAAAAGCAUCAAGCCUAAUUAUGGACCAGAUGUCUCUGCCUCAAAAAUAGAAGCUACAAAUGAUGAAAAAUUCAGCAAUAUAACAAUUCAGAAGACAGUUAUACAAGAUGAGGGAAUGUAUCACUGUGCUCACAUGGACUGGACUAAAUCUACUUGGACCGGGACUUAUUUGUCAAUAAAAGGAGACUUCAGCAGGACAUCGAGAUACAAUGUUCUUCAGAACCCAACCACUGAUGCAGCCCGGUCAGCAAACUCAGAGACUCUGCAGUGUUCACUCCUCUCUGGGUCUGAAGACAAGAUGUGUUCAGGGGAACUCAAUGUGUUCUGGUUCAGAGCCGGAUCAGAAAAGUCUUAUCCAGAUAUCAUCCACAGUAAUGAAAAUGGAUUGCACAACUGUGAGAAGACAUCUACACUGAACACUCAGAGGAAAUGUAGUUACAACCUUUCAAAGAACUUCAGCUCCACUGAUACUCAGACAGUCUACUGCGCUGUGGCAACAUGUGGAGAAAUACUAUUUGGAAAGGGAACUUUAACCAAAGCAGACCAAUUACCAAGUUCUACAGUUAUUAUAACGAUGAGCUUAAUCAUCUUCUUGGCUAUAUCCAUGAUUGUAAAUAUUGUUCUUAUUCUUUACCUAACUCAAAGAUCCCGUUGCAGAGCAUUGUCAGCAAAGAAUACUGUGAAUAAAGUGGAUACUAUUAUUGAAGAUGAAAAGGAUCUAAACUAUGCUGCCUUACAUUUCUCAGAAGAGAAACCAUCAAAAGGAACAAUUAAAAGACAGCUGAAAACUGAAGACAGUGUUUAUUCUCUGGUUGAUGGAUUAAACUGACUAUAAAACAGCACAGUGUUUAUGUACAAAAAUUUGUUUUCUAGAUUACAAUUUGAUUUCAAUGAGAAAUUAGGAAUUGACAAAAUGAGUAUGUAGUCAUGUCUUUGAGAGAAUCUAAAAUUGGUUUUAUUGUAAAAAAUGUUUGCAACAUAGGCCUAAUAGUAUAUUUUUUUAUAUUUUCUAUUAUGUAAAUAUA